UUGGCCCAAGCUUAGACGUGCACAUCCAAUGGUCUCUGGUUGUUAAUAAUUCCCAAUUGUCUUACUGCGGUGUUGUUGAUGCAAGUAGUGAGCCAUGACAAGCCAUAAAUCUCUGGUAAUCGUGUCGCAAGUGAUUUCCAAACGAAAAGCCAAAUCGCUGCUGCAGACUAUUGGUCGACGCCUCUUUUGCCGGAGGAAAAAUUGGGCCAGCAUCAGAAGAAGAACCCAAUGGCUUGUCUUGGUCAUUUUGUUUGUGUUACCUUUCAUCUUUUUAUUGAUGUGUGUUGUUCUAUUUAAAAAUGAUCAGAUGGAAGACUUGACUGUGAUUGAAUUGAUGGGCGAUAAUAAAAUGCCCAGUCGUCUGGCAUCGGAACCCAAAAGGAAAAAGUUAAAACGGAUUUUAUACUGGACAGAGUAUUUCGGAACCAAAGACUAUCCGUUCAAACUGGGUCACCAAUCGUUCAAAAUGGCCGGCUGUCGUGUGAGCAAUUGCCAAUUAACGGACGAUCGAAAUCUAUUGAAUACCAGCGAUGCCGUCAUCUUCCACAUCAAUGAUUUCGACGACAGAGACCUGCCGGACCCGCACCAUCGACUUGCCCAUCAACGGUUCAUCUUUUACAAUUUCGAAACGAUGGAUGGAUAUCAAGACUAUCCAUUUUUCAAGAAAACUCACAACUUUUUCAACUGGACAAUGACCUAUCGGCGUGAUUCAGACAUUUACGACGCCUGGACUUAUGGCGCCAUUCGACGCCGGACCAACGCCCUUCCACCACCGACCAGCAUGCCCGUCAGACUGGGCCUGGAUGUCCUUCCGCCUGAUCCAGCUGCCAUGAUGAUGCCCAGAAGUCGACACUUAUUGCUGGCCAAAAAGACGAAAAUGGUCGCCUGGUUCGUGUCUCAUUGCCGCACUGAGAGUCUCAGGGAGAAAUAUUUCCAGUGGCUGGGCCAGCACGUCCCUAUCGACACCUACGGCACUUGCGGAUCACUCACGUGCGUUCCGGUGCGGAGUGACAAGUGCGACGUUGAGUUGCUGGACAGUUACAAGUUCUACGUGGCGGCCGAGAAUGCCAUUUGUCCCGAUUACGUCACAGAGAAAUUCUACCGGGCACUGGCCGCUGACAUUGUGCCCAUCGUCUACGGAGGUGCCGAUUACUCGGCCUACGCCCCGCCCUCUUCAUACAUUAACGCGGGAGAUUUCAAAUCGCCAAAAGCCCUGGCCGAUUAUUUAAAGUUACUGGACCAAAACGACGGCCUCUAUCUGAAAUAUUUCGAAUGGAAAAAAGAUUACGAGGUGGUCAACUGGCCAGUCAGCGGCUGGUGUCAACUUUGCGAGAAACUCAACGAUGCCCAGCAGACACCCAAAGUCUACCAGGACAUGACGGACUGGUGGUUCCAUAAACAUAUCCCGUGUCUAUCCGGAUAUGAUUACCUUGAACAUUUACUCCAACAAGACGCCAAAGAUAACAGCAAAGAUGAUUUGUAGUUAAAUAUGUGCUUGAUAGUUAAAUUUAAUUCAUUUCAAAAUGAUGGUCUAUAUUGAGUUAUAUCUGUGAUCUCUGAUGUUUUAAUAAAGACGUAAUUU